AUGGCUUCUUGGUUGAAAGCGGCUGAAGAUUUAUUUGAAGUUGUUGACCGAAGAGCGAAGCUUGUGGUCGGUGAGAAAUCGGAUGAUUUGCAUGUUCCCACCUCAGGUUCCAAUGGACAAGGAUCUAAACCAAAGAGGGGUAGGCAAAGAGCGAGGCCCCAGAGUAAUCUCUCAUCCAAUGAAGCUCCUCCUGCUGCUGCCAUAGACAUUGAAAGAGAAAAUGCUAUACCUGAAACCGCACAGUCACUAGAAGAACCUGAUGGAAGUAUUCCUGUGGCGGUGAUUGAAAAUAAUGAAAGUAAUCCGAGUAGUUUUGGCAAAAUUGACAGUGAUGAACAACAGAAAGCUGAUAGUGAGGAUGCUGUAACGGAGACAUCCCAAUUUGGAUCAAUAUCUAAUAAUGACACCAAACCAGUGUGUGAUCAUAUGAGUGAAGAUGCUUGCACUAAGGCAGAAGGAAUGGCUGCAAAUGCCGAUGAGAUCGUCAAUGGUGAUCUCACGAGAGAUCACUCACCUGGAAGUCAAUCAAAUGCUGGAAAAGACGUUGAGGUUGUAAUUGGUGAUUCUCUUGUUGAUUCCAGUGAAACUACAAUGUCGGAAAACGAAGGUUCUUUAAAAAGUAGGGAACCUUUGGAAUCUCAAAGUAUAAAUGAAGAUGCAGUACUUAAGGCAGGUUCUCAAUCAGAAGAUGUUGAUUUAGUAACUGAAGCUGUUAUCCAGGAUAAGCAGCACCAAGAGGAAAAAGUUGUCAACUCUGCUGCAAAAGUACAACAGCAGCUUGAGGAGGCUCAAGGGUUACUGAAAAGUGCAAUUUCGACAGGGCAGUCAAAAGAAGCAAGGCUAGCCCGGGUUUGUGCUGGACUUUCAUCACGCCUGCAAGAGUACAAAUCUGAGAAUGCUCAAUUAGAGGAGCUUCUCAUGGCAGAGAGGGAAUUGACUAAAUCUUAUGAGGCUCACGUAAAGCAGCUUCAGAAGGAUCUGUCUGCAUCUAAAAGAGAGGUAAGCAGAGUGGAGGCAAAUAUGGCGGAUGCAUUAUCAGCAAAAAAUGCUGAGAUUGAAACCCUUGUUAGUUCAGUUGAUUCACUAAAGAAGCAGACUGCUUUAGCUGAAGGGAAUUUGGCAUCACUGCAGGCAAGUAUGGAGUCUACAAUUAGAAACAGAGAACUAACUGAAACAAGAAUGAUGCAAGCCCUGAGGGAAGAACUGGCUGCUGCUGAGCGAAGAGCUGAAGAAGAGCGUUCUUCACACAAUGCUGCAAAGUUGGCAGCUAGAGAUAGAGAAGUAGAAUUGGAACAAAGGGCUAUUGAGGCAUCCACGGCCUUAGCGAGACUCCAGAGAACGGCAGAUGAUAGGACUUCAAAGGCAGCCGAACUUGAGCAAAAAGUAGCACUUCUGGAGGUUGAAUGUGCAUCCUUAAAUCAAGAAUUGCAAGAUAUGGAAGCUCGUUUCCGUCGCGGACAGAAGAAGUCUCCUGAUGAUGGAAGUCAAGCUAUUCAGGUGCAGGCAUGGCAAGAGGAAGUGGAGCGUGCACGUCAAGGUCAGAGAGAGGCUGAGAGCAAGCUUUCUUCAAUGGAGGCCGAAGUUCAAAAAAUAAGGGUUGAAAUGGCUGCAAUGAAAAGGGAUGCUGAGCAUUAUUCACGCCAGGAACACAUGGAACUGGAAAAACGGUAUCGCGAGCUAACUGAUUUAUUGUAUUACAAACAAACACAACUGGAAACUAUGGCCAGUGAGAAAGCUGCAAUUGAGUUUCAGAUGGAAAAGGAAUUAAAGCGUCUUCAGGAAACACAGUUGGAAGCUGAAAGAAAUAGAGCUUCCCGUCGAAUGUCAUCAUCUUGGGAAGAGGACACUGACAUGAAAGGACUCGAGCCUCUCCCCUUACAUCAUCGGCACAUGGUUGGGGCUAGCUUACAGUUGCAUAAGGCAGCAAAACUUAUAGAUACUGGGGCCGUCAGGGCCACAAAAUUCUUAUGGCGGUAUCCUAGUGCCCGGGUUAUCCUGCUUUUCUAUCUGGUAUUUGUGCAUCUCUUCUUGAUGUACCUCUUGCAUCGCCUUCAGGAGCAAGCUGAUCGUUAUACAUCCAAAGAAGUUGCAGAGUCUAUGGGGCUAUUUAACAAGACAUUGCCUUGA